UAACGUUAUCUUGUAGCCAGUCAGUCACUUCUACUGCUAGAGAGUGAGAAAGGAAAGUGAGAGCGCUAACCAUGAGCCGAUACGUUCUGCUGCUGCUGCUUGGAUGUUGGAUGUGUGCUUCAUUUUGUGCAGCAUUCCGAAUGGAGAGAUCUGAGCGCUGUCUGUGUAAGAAGUUCUACAGAGUCCGUCCCGCGAAAAUCUUUCAAUGGAAACUGUUUCCUCCAAGUGCAUCCUGCAGUGCUUAUGAGAUUGUGGUGACAUCAGUGGUUGGUCAGAAAAUAUGCCUCCAUCCAGAGUCAAAGGCAUGGAAGCUCAUAAUGAGUGGAGAGCGUAGUCCAAUAUAAAGCCUAAAACAAGACUCUGGCUAUCAAUGUCCAACCCCAAAGUUCACAAAUUGGUCAAAAACCCUGGUGGAUUUGAGAAGGUAUAAAAACCUGUUAUGUGUGGUGUCUUAAUGAUAUUGCUAUGUGUGUGGUUGAGUACAUUGUGCUUUUGGUCGGUACUCGCCCCAGUCACGCCCAGAGCCCCAGGCGGGCAAGAUAAGUUACAUCACGUUACAGAUCUCACCAUCUAGCUGUUGUGUCUAUACUAAAACUAGGGAAUUGUGUACAAUGUUCUACCAUAUGACCUGUGUCUGAAAGUAUUUCUGAAACUUGUAUCAAGAUAGCAAAGAUACCAAGAUUUAAAAAAAUAUAUAUGUUAAUUAAGUGUCAUAUAUUUUUAUGUUUAUUAUUAAAAUCUGAAAAUAAGAAAAAA